AUGUUUCUGUCUUUGUACAUAGCCUUCUGUGUUGUUUGCAGUUCUUUUCUAUGUAUUUUUGAGGAAGUCCAUAUUCUCAUCUAUGUUAAUCUUAAUAUUCACAUUGCUCGUUGUACUUUUUUUUUUUUUUUUCAAAUAAUCUCUGAAAACUUGGAAAGUUCUGCUUAUAUUUCACUUCCUAGACAUUCUUCUUCUUCGAUCCUUCU